AUGCCCGAGCCGCUGCCCGAGCCGCCGCCCGAGCCGCAGCCCGAGCCGCCGCCCGAGCCGCAGCCCGAGCCGCCGCCCGCGCCGCAGCCCGAGACCGGCCCGCCGCCCGAGCCGCAGCCCGAGCCGCCGCCCGAACCUCCGCCCGAGCCGCCGCGAGAGCCGCCGCCCGAACCGCUGCCCGAGCCGCCGCCCGAGCCUCCGCCCGAGCCGCUGCACCGAGCCGCCGCCCGAGCCGCCGCCGAGCCGCUGUCACCGUGCCGCCGCCCGAGCAGCCGCCCGCGCCGCCGCCCGAGCCGCCGCCCGAGCCGCUACCGAGCUGCCGCUGAGCUGCAGCCGAGCCGCCUCCCGAGCCGCCGAGCUGCCCUACAGCAGCACUGCCCCUACACCGGCUGCCGUGCCCCGGCCCUGCCUGCUGUUGACUUUGAGGUUUGGCUCGAUGACCUCCAGCUUUUCUUACAGUGCGAUAGGGCGGACGGACUCUCUGUUUUUGAUCUUACCUCUGGUCUCUCUCCUGCCCCGCCUGCUACUGCUGACAGCACUGUCCGCUCACAGUGGGCCACACGCGAUGCUGCUGCACGUCCUUCUGUGCGUCGCCACCUACCGACCACUGAGCGUGCGCACUUUAGACAGUACAGGAGUGCUCAGACUUUGUACGACGCUGUAGUUGCGCGCUACUCUUCCCCUGCCACUGCUGCCCUUAGCCGCCUCUUCCUGCCUUACCAGUUCCCUGACCUUGCUGCUUUUCCCACAGUCGCUGACCUCAUUACGCACCUGCGCACUAGUGACGCACGCUACCGCGCUGCGCUUCCUGCUGAGUUCUGUGCCACGAACCCUCCCCCCCUCUACCUCACUCUUUACUACGUAGUCACCCGACUCCCUGACACCCUUCGCGUAGUCAGGGACCACUUCCUCUCAGUUUGCCCCACCACCCUCACCGUUGACCUCCUCGAGGAGCGUCUCCUAGCGGCCGAGCAGAGCAUAGUCGCUGUAGGAGCCUCUCGUGGUGACCCUCGCACCCCUAUCUUUGAGGGGUGUUCCCCCUCCCCCCUCUUGCCCUCUGUUGCUUCUGCUGCUACGGCCGACCUUGGUGGUUUCGAGUCGGUCGGUGCUGCGUCUGUCCCUAGUGGGGGCCGUCGCACUGGCAAGGGCAAGGGGGGCAGGGGCGCUCGUUGGGCAGUAGUGGAGGCAGUGGUGGCGGUGGUGGCGGCGGGGGUGGCGGAGGCGGUGGAGGUGGCGGAGGCGGCAGAGGCAGUGGUGGAGCUGGUCGCGGAGGUACACAGCGGAGUGGUUCCGGUGGUGGUCAGCGCCAGCAGCAGCAGCGCAGUCGUGAGACCCCCUCCCCUCAGCAGCUUCGUGAGUGGUACGCAGGGCGUCAGCGAGGUGGAGGUGCUGGCCCCUGCACCUACGUUCUCCGUACCGGAGACCGCACUGGUGAGCAGUGUGGGGGCCCGCACUCCACCCAGCGCUGCUUCGGCCGCCCUGACGGACGCGUGGCGUCACCAGUUCCCCGACGCCACUGAGAUCCCUCGCUGGGGAGACCUGUCUAGGGCUGGGGUUGCUGUCUUUGAUCUUGAUUAUGAUGCUAUCCUUGCUGCUAUGUAUGCUGUGUCUACUAGUGAUGAGGGUGACUGUUACCUGUGUGUACCGCCUGACCCGGGCAUUGAGGCUGCUGCUCUAGGUGCUGGUGAGACUGCUGCGCUAGGUGCGAGUGCGUCCGCUGCCCAAGGUGCUGGUGAGUCUGCUCCCUCAGGUACCGCGUCGGCUCAGGUCUUUCACACCUUCACCCUUGACUCGGGUGCUUCCCGCUCCUUCUUUCGAGACCGCACCACUCUUACGCCGCUCAGUCGGCCGGUUGCAGUCUCCCUGGCGGACCCCUCUGGGGGUCCUGUCCUUGCUAGUUUCUCCACUGUCUUACCGUGCCCGGCAGCCCCCUCUGGCUCUCUGUCAGGUCUCUACCUUCCCUCGUUCUCUACGAACUUGGUGAGUGGAGCUGAUCUCCAGGAUCAGGGGGUUGACCAGAUCACUCCUGCUAGUCAGCGAGUGACCCACUGCACGUGUGCUCGGACGGGCCGCCACUUGGCCACGUUUACCCGUCGCCUGGGUUCGAGCCUGUACACACUGUCUACUGAGUCUCCUCCCGUGUCUGCGUCGGGUCAGGUAGCUGCGUCCAGUCAGGUGCUUGCCGCUGCGUCAGGGUCUGGUCCUGAGUAG